UGAGCGCAUCAUAUGUCAUUUCUGUUAUGAAUAUUCACGUCUUCUGCUUCAUCCGCGUCAAGGCAAAUUGGUCCGGAAGCUGUCCAUGGUCUCACGUACGAUGCCGACCGAUGUAUGAUCACUACGGGCAGGCCGCUCCACAACUCCUGGAAGAGCUAUGUUGACUCAUCUCCUACGAGUCGUUACACUCCUUCUCCCCCGCGCUCGAUGUCACCGGCAGUAGGCGGGCUACGAUCGAACCCAUCUACCGACUCUUUGGCCUCUUCCAUCUCGGUUCCAGUGUGUCGCACCGGCCGUCCUCCGUUGGGUGCCGCGUUCGUUGGCUCCGGUGCUUCAAAGCAAAAUGUCGUCGACAUCCAGGCCAGCAAGAGGGACUGCGAAUGCCUAUUGACCAUAAUAUCGUGGUCACUCGAGAGCGCGGGUGGCAUAUGCAGUGUCGAUCAUAAAUCGUCCCUGCACAGCUUACUAGAAGCAUAUCUAACACAACGGGCGAAUAGGGUUGAGCAGACUUGGCCUCAUAGCCAGCCGGACGUAUCAGCUCUGCUAAGUCUGAGCCGGGCUGACGCAUGUUGUCUGAUGGAUAUCAUAGACGAGGCACUGAAGAUCGAGAUCGGCUCCCCUCACCGAUGCAUGAGGCUCCUUCGUCGCCUAUGCAGCCAAUCCGAAUGCCUGCCAUCGUCGCACAUGCUUCACGGUGAUCUCGUCAAGCUGGGAGAUGGGGCAGUAGCCACAGGAGGCUCGGCGGACGUUUGGUUAGGUCGGUUCGGAUCCCAACGUGUAGCGAUGAAAGUGCUGCGCAUACACGUUGAUCGCGUCCAGAAGAUAGCAAGUAAAUUUUGCGAGGAAGCGUCGCUAUGGAAGCGUCUCUCGCACAGGAACAUUCUCGUCUAUCAUGGAGUCGCGCCUCCGAAUUUGUUCCCUCUGUGCAUGGUCAGCGAGUGGCAUCCGUUCCGCAACGUCCUCGAUUACGUCUGUGAACACCCAGAAGCGAACCGUCCCGGACUGAUUCGAGACGUAGCUAAUGGGUUGCAAUAUCUUCACGAGAAGGGCAUCGUCCACGCCGACCUCAAGUCCGCUAACGUCCUCGUCAAGGCGGAUCACCACGCCUGCCUCGCGGACUUCGGUUUGGCCGCCGUGACGCACGAUCCGACAACAUCCACGUCGUUCGCUACGUCCAUAUCGACGUACGGCACAUGGCGCUACAUGGCCCCGGAGCUGUUGCAAGCCAGUGUGAAGUCGACAUUCAAGAGCGACAUGUACUCGUUCGCCAUGGUCAUUCUCGAGAUAUUCUCCAAUAGCAUACCCUUUCCGAACAUGCAAGACGGUCCUGUCGUUACCGAAGUCUCCAUCCGCGGGAAUCGUCCUCCUCGUCCGACCCAGGCGACGCAGCUCGGCCUGUCAGACGGUGUUUGGCUUACGAUGCAACGCUAUUGGGACGCUGACCCUGCAGCUCGUCCAGGCGUGCAAGAAGUGGUCAACGUGAUGAAAGUAGAUGGUUCGCUGCACGAUUGUGAAUGUCCCUCCUGCGUAGAACCCUAGUGCAGUAAAC